AUGGUUUCUGUUGACGGAGCGAUGCCAAGGAAGGAUGUAAAGAUCUACUACUUCAAUCUUCGAAAGGAAGCAAAAGAAGGAAAGUUUUUGCAAGAAGACCAGGCCAAAGACUCCAAGGAGAAAGAGGUCGUCGUGAUGACAGCAUCUUCAAACAAGAUUCAUGGGAAGGCACCGGAGGAGGUCACCCGGAGUCCCGAGCCGGGCUCGUGGCGCCCGGCUCCGCCCCGUGCCGCGCGGCACGGGGGCGCCGCGCUAACCGGUAUGCCGUGGAGUGAGGAGAAAAGCCUCUUCUGGCUCUAA